AGUCACUAACACAAUGAAAUGAAAGUAGAGAGGUCUAUCUUGUUGUUCUGCUUCUCUGUUGCGAUAUUAGUCCCAGCGGUGGUAGUUGUAUCUCAAAUUCAAUCUCAAGAAGAAGGCUUUAUUUGUAGCACAAACAUGGCUACUCUCGGAGGAAUACACGACUCUCAUUCGUCCAACCAGAACACCGCCGAUAUCGAUAAUCUCGCCCGAUUCGCCAUCCAAGAACACAACAAAAAAGAGAAUACACUCUUCGAGUUUGUGCGGGUGGUGAAGGCACAAGAACAGGUGGUUGCUGGUACGUUGCACCAUAUAACUCUCGAGGCUGUUGAUGCGGGUAAGAAGAAACUCUAUGAGGCAAAAGUUUGGGUGAAGCCAUGGAUGAACUUCAAGGAAUUGCAGGAAUUCAAGCAUGCUGGUGAUGUUGGUGACACUCCUGCAUUAACCCCGUCAGAUCUUGGUGUUAAGAAAG